AUGCUAGCUUCGCGAGACCAGGAGAAUUUGGUCCAUACCCACCAGACCACCGCUGCUGGAAAACCGCUCAAUCAAAACAUCAGGGCUCUACAUCCCAAAACCCCUGGAAACCUCAAAACCCCUUUCAGACCUGCAAAGAAUGAUGAAAACAAGCCUUUUGACUUCAAUGGCCAGAAGACUACUCUCAAGGGCGGCCCAAGCAAAUUGGACAAGAAUGCCUUUAUCACACCCCUAGGCCCCCGAAAUCGUGCUCCACUGGGCCAAAAGACCACCAACGUCAAAGGCAAUGCCUUCAAAACUCCUGGCCCUGCGCCUCUCACCAUCAAACCCGGAAAGACCGCUCAGAAACCUGCUUCAGCACGUCGAUCUGGAAGGUCAAAGAUCCACGUUGCACAAUCCGAGCCUGUUGUUACAGAUAUCCUUGAAAAAACGCAACAAGAUGAGGAAGAGCCAGAAUAUGGAUACGCACCUCCACCAGCUGUCGACCUUCCUGAUCCGCCAUUGGAGAUCGACCCUCAUUUGAUUUUGGACCUUUCAGCCGACUAUGAAAAUUCACUUCGACUCAUACAAGAGGAGGAAGAUCAUCAACGUUAUCUCGAAGAGCAAAACCGAAAGAUGUCUGCCAACCAAGGGGACCUGCUAUUCCCGACAACUGCCGAAUUGAACAAAAAAGUGGAUGAAAUGAUCGCUGCAGGUCCAAAGAGACAAAGACCGGCUCUGUCGCGCGUUGAUACUUUUCAAGCCAAGUCCGCUGCUGCUGCUCUGUCUGAUGCUCAACCUCGUCUCCCUUCCGUUGUUUCCAAGCAAACCCAGGCAUCGGAACAGAAGCAGAAAGGACUUCUUGGUCUGGGUCGAACCAAGGCGACUGUUUCUCGACAGCCUCUUACCACCAACCCUGCUGGACAUGCUGCUCUGUCCAAAAAUACCAUCGGUUUUCCAAAGGCAAAGAAGGCACCAUCAAUCAUCCCUAGAGGACUUCAACCACAGAAGGGUGCCAUGCCGCCCACACCAAAGCCAGUAAAAAUCGACCAGACGAAUAUCCACCCCAGAGACUUCCGAGAUCUAUAUGGUUCUCCACCAGCUGAGAGCGACAUGUGGUUCAGAUUGAAGAACCACGAGUUGCUGGAGAGGGAGAUCUCUAAUGAUAACGAUGAUGAGAUUGCCAACGACCUUUUCGAAACCGAUUUCUUUCCAUUCGACAAUUCCAAGCUGGACGAUGAAGAUUUUCAGUUGCCGAUGCCCGAAUAA